UCUAUAUUGUGAGUGUGUAGGGUUGGUUCUUGCCAAUCUCACCGGAAGGCCAGGGUUGUGAAACGGGGGGGGGGGGGGGGGGGGGGGGGGGGGGGGGGGGGGGGGGGGGGAGAGGGAGGGGGGGGGGGGAGAGGGGGAGGGGGAUAAUGUCAGCAUAGGAUUCAGUAAUCUAAUCGGUAUGGAUUGGCUGACCUGGAAGUCCAACUCGACCGUGGCCUCGGCGGGAUCGGGAUCCGCGUCGUCAUCAGAAAAUGAAUCGACGAAGAAGUUUGAAGGUCCCGCCAUUGGGAUCGAUCUUGGGACAACGAACAGCUGUGUCGGGGUCUGGUCACAUGGCCGUGUGGAGAUCAUCCCCAACGAUCACGGGCAUCCGAUCACUCCGUCCUGCGUAGCCUUCACACAGCAAGGCGAUGUGCUCGUGGGCAAGACCGCCAAAAAUCAGGCGGCACGCAAUCCUGAAAACACCCUGUUUCAUGUGAAAAGGUGGAUGGGGCGGCGCUACGGAGACGUCAUCAAGACUGUAAAGAAGAUGGCCAAAGGGUUGUGGUCCUACGCUUUCACGCGUGGCGAUGGAGGAGGAGGAGGAGGAGGAGAAUGCGUGAUUGAAGUGGAGAGUGGUAGGCGGAAGAAGAAGUACACGGCGGAGGAGAUUUCAGCGAUCAUUCUGAAGAAACUCAAGGAGAUCGCCGAAGCUUACCUAGAUUCCACAGUGAAGAGAGCCGUGAUUGGAGUGCCGGCCAAUUUUACCCAGGCGCAGAAGCAAGCGACGAAAGAGGCCGCGCGACUUGCUGGGCUGGAGGUCGUCAGAUUGGUAACGGAGCCAUCUGCUGCCGCUCUGGCCUACGCCCUGCGUACCAGUGGCGGAGGGGGUGGCAGCGAUGGCCGCGGCGCCGGAGGAGGAGGAGGCGGCAGCGGGAUCGGCAAUCCCGCUGCCGGAUCGUCGAAGAUUAUGGUGGUUGAUUGGGGAGGGGGAACCCUGGACGUCUCCAUCAUGAAGGUGAAGAAGCAAGAGUACGCUGUCAUCGCCGUUGCCGGCGACACUCAUCUGGGCGGCGAAGACAUCGACGACGCUCUCGUGACGCACUUCGCCGACGAAUUCCAGCGUUUGCACAGGAUCCCGAUUCGAGACAGCCCGCGUGCGAUGCACCGGCUGCGCGCCAAGUGCGAGGAUCUGAAGCACGAUCUGUCCUUUCGCGAAGCUACCACGAUCUGUGUCGAUUGCCUCGCGGAAGGAUUCGAUUUCGAAAUGACCAUGAGUCGCGCAGGCUUCGAGGAGCUUAUCGGUCCCAUCCUCCAAAAAUGCAUGGAUUUCGUCGAGAAGGCCAUCGCGGACGCGGGAAUAAAAGACAAGUCGGAGAUCUCGAAGGUGAUUCUGGCCGGUGGAUCGACCAGGAUACCCAAGCUGCAGGAGAUGCUGUCAGAUUCUUUGGGCGCCAACAAAUUGUGCAAGAGCAUUCAUCCGGACGAGUGUGUGGCGUACGGCGCGACUGUCCAGGCGGCCUUACUCACAGGAGAGCUGCAGAUGAACGUCACGGAUCUCACGGUCGUGGAGGCCGUUCCUGUAACGAUCGGCAUGUCGAUUGCCGGGGGUUCCUUUCUUAGAUUGAUUCCUAGAAACAGUCCGUAUCCUUUUCGACUCGAAGAACGGCUCCGGGCUGCAUACGACGGCGACACGUCAGCAGGAGUGUAUCUGUAUGAAGGGGAAAGGGAGAAGCCCGAGGCAAACGAGUUCCUCGGGGGCGUGACCAUCGAUGGUUUGAAACCGGGACCACCAAACAGCGGGGAAGAGUGUGCUCCCUUCUCCCUUGUCCUCGAGAUCGACGAGGAUGGGAUUUUGACAGUCACGUUGAGGGAUACCUUCGGUCGAUCCGUUUCGAAGUCGUUGGGAAAGAAUUGGGGGAAAUGCAGCCCGGAGGAGGCGCGAAGAGCGGCGGAGAUUGCAUCGAAGUUUGCACGGGAGGAUGAGGACCACGUGGGCAAAGCACGUGCUCGGACUCGCUUGAUGGAGUGCAUUUAUAGGAUAAGAUGGCGGCUGAGUCUCGUUUCGGACCGCAAAGAGAAGAAGAGGCGGACGAAAAUGCUGGAUGAGAUCGAAGAAGAGGUAGGUGAUAGCUCUUCGCUUUGUGAUAUUGCGGUGUACGAUGCAUGGAAACGGCACGUGGAGGUCACCUGUGGGCAUAUCUGAUGCCCUCUGAAUGAACGAACCGUGUAGCU